ACUCACACACACACACAGAGCAGACAGAGUCUUUCAGCUGAGCUGCUGCGAUGCGCUCCGGCCUGAGAGUCUGACCUGCUUUCAUGUUGUGGAUUAUGCGGAUGAACUGGACUCUGCUGACGUGCGUCCUCGUGGCCUGCUCGUUGCCCGCGCGCCACCUCGGUGAAGCGCGGCCACAGAGACGGCUCGCACGAGACCGGGCGCGCGCCCGAGCCGCGGCCGCCUGCUCGGGCGCGUGCGAGCCGUCCGUCUGCCCGCGCGCGCCGGACACCUGCUACUUUGGCGUGGUGAAGGACCCCUGCACGUGCUGCCCGGUGUGCGCGGCCGGCGAGGGCGAGGCGUGCGACGACGAGCGCGCGCUCUGCGGUGAGGGCCUGAGGUGCGCGCGCGACACGGCUGGACGCUCCGAGUGCGCGUGCGCCGAGCAAGGCGAGGUGUGCGGCAGCGACGGCAGGACGUACCCGAGCGCGUGCCGCCUUAAGGCCGAGAAUAGGAGGGCCGAGCUGAACCGCGCGCCGCCCGUUCUACUAAUUCAGAAAGGCGCGUGCGGGACCGGCUCUCGGAACCCCGGCAGCAUGCGCUACAAAUUCAACUUCAUCGCAGACGUAGUGGACAAGAUCGCCCCUGCAGUCGUUCACCUGGAGCUGUUCAGAAGACUGCCAUACGCCGACCAAGAGGUACCUGUGUCCAGUGGCUCUGGGUUCAUUGUGUCCGAAGACGGCUGGAUAGUGACCAACGCACACGUGCUGUCCAACAAGCAGCGUAUCAAAGUGGAGCUGAACAGCGGGGUCCACUAUGAUGCCACCAUCAAAGAUGUGGAUCAGAAAUUAGACAUCGCUCUGAUUAAGAUCGACUCAGAGGAGUCCCUCCCCGUGCUGUUGCUGGGCCGCUCCUCGGACCUGCGGCCAGGUGAGUUCGUGGUUGCCGUGGGCAGCCCGUUCUCCCUGCAGAACACGGUCACCACGGGCAUCAUCAGCACCACCCAAAGAGGUGGCCAUGAGCUCGGCCUCCACAACUCCGACAUGGAGUACAUCCAGACGGACGCCAUCAUCAACUACGGCAACUCGGGAGGGCCACUUGUUAACUUGGAUGGAGAUGUCAUCGGCAUAAACACUUUGAAGGUCACAGCGGGAAUAUCAUUUGCAAUUCCCUCAGACCGGAUACGGCAAUUCCUCGCAGACUCCUAUGAGAGACAAAGGAAAGGAAGGACGCAGCCCAAAAAGAAAUAUAUAGGAGUGAGGAUGUUUCAGCUGACCCCAUCGUUGAUCAGGGAGCUGCAGGAGAGGGAGAGUGAUUUCCAAGAUGUGAGUUCAGGAGUGUACGUCUACGAGGUGAUCCCUGGAACUGCAGCCUCAAGCGCUGGCCUGAUGAACCAUGACGUGAUCGUUAGCAUCAAUGGCCAGCUGGUUCACACCACAGAUGAUGUCAGCAAUGCAGUGAAGUCUGGGGAACCGCUGUCCAUGACGGUGCGGCGGGCUAAUGAAGACGUCACGCUCACGAUCGUCCCCGGGGAGCUAGAGUGACGGUGACGUAGGCGUGUGUGUUUUGUUGGGAAUAAUGUACAACAGCUUAAUUUCUUUUGUGUGAACCAAGCAAACAGCAGGUACUGUGUGCUAAACAGCAGAGUACUAGCAAGGGCAUUGUUUACAGGCCAAAAGUUUGGAAGCGACACUAAUAUAAGUUUAGCUCCUGUUGAUUCCCACAUCUGUAAUCAGAUCC